AUGAAACAAAUAAAACGACAACAAAAUAAUACAUUUGAUGAAGAUAAUAUCGAUAAGAAAAGAAAAUUAUUCGAUAAAAUAACAACAAUCACUCUCUUUGAAGAUUUAGCAAAUGAAAUUCUUUAUGAAAUAUUUGAAUAUCUUGAUAUUUAUCAUGUUUAUCAAGGAUUCAUUUAUCUUAAUAAACGAUUGCAAAAUUUACUUUUUCAUUCAACAUUUCCAAUUAAAAUAAAUAUUUCAACAAUGUCAAAAUCAAAUUUUAACUAUUAUCAUGGAAAUAUAAUUCUUCCAAAUCAACAUAGAAUUAAUUCACUUCGUUUAUCAAAUCCAUUUACAGUUGAUAUUAUUUUCUCGCCACCACGUAUUCUUUCAAAAUUUAUUUGCCUUGAAAUAUUAAUUCUUGAUAAUAUUAAAGCUCAAUAUCUUAAUAGAAUUUUCAAUCAUUUAAUUCUCUUACCUAAAUUACAUUCAUUAGUUCUUAGUCUAAUUGAAUAUGUUCAAUAUCCAAAUGAAGAACAAUUAUUACCCAUUACUUUUGAUAAAUAUCAACAUAGUCCUAUAGAACAUUUUAUAAUAAAUAGUCGUAUUCGAUAUGAUUCAUUUCAUAUUUUAUUAAUGUGUCUUCCUCAACUUCGUCGUUUAUCAAUUGAUUGUCUUGUUAAAUGUGCUUAUACAAAUCUUGAAUUGAAUACAAAUUUUUUAGAACAUUUAAAAUAUGUUUCACUCAAACUUGAUUAUGUUGAUUUUAAUCAACUGGAAAAAAUUAUAAAAAUUUUCUUUCGGUAUGUUGAAAUUUUAUGUCUCACAAUAGCAUAUGAUGAAUCAUAUUUAGAUACAAAACAAUGGGAACAAUUAAUAUUAUCAUUUAUGCCAAACUUACAUAUAUUUGAUAUAAAUCAUGAUAGUUCUGCAAGAAAGAAUCCAUUAAUAUAUCAUAAUUCAAUCAAUCAAUUUACAUCAUCAUUUUGGAUUGAAAAACAAUGGUUUUUUACACAUCAACAUGAUUAUGAAGGAAGAUUAGAUUGUGGAAUUUUUCAUUCAACUAAUCCAUAUCGAAGAAAAGAUUAUAUAUUUUAUUGGGAAAUGGUUAACGAACAUUGUCCACAUGUUCAAGAAAUGAAUUUAAAUUCUGUUAAACAUGUUUAUAUUUGUUGUAAACGAAUAGCAAAUAAUACUUUAAAAUAUUUUCCAAAUGCUACUCAAUUGACAAUUAAAUAUUAUUUUAAUAUAUCUGCUGAUACUCUUAAUCUUAUUAUUCCUUUAAAACAAAUCACAAUAUUAAUAAUUGACCUUUAUACAUUCUCUUUCGAACAACUUACUAAUCUAUUAUAUUUUUUACCAAAUAUUCAUACAUUAAAAUCUAAUUUUAUCAAUUACAAUGAAAAUAAUCUACUCAAUGAUAUUUUUGAAUAUAUAUCAAAAACAAACAAAAUAAAAAAUUUAGAUAUUAAAUCAUUAUGUACAUUAGAUUUAAUCAAAUUGAUUAUGAAUUUAUUUCCCAAAUUAGAAUAUCUUAAAACUGGAAUAUAUAGAAAAGAAUUUAAAGAAAUUAUACAAUACAUAUUAUCAAAAAAUAAUAAUAACACAUGUCAUUUAUGUUUGUUAUGUAUUACAGAAAUACCUAAAAUAUGUCUGACAGAAAUGGAUGUUUUAAUUGAAGUAGAACAUUUACUUAAUCAAUAUUUUAUUAAAUAUAUUAAUCGUGAUUUGUAUUUAUGGUGGUAG